AUGCUUCAGUUUGCCCUUGGUUCUUCCAGUCAUCGUCGAGACACCAGUGUUGUGGCUGACUAUAUACCAAAGGAUCGUGUUGUUUCCAUCUUUCCCUCCAAUCAUCCUCAUGCCCAACAGCAUACCAUGGAAAGAGACGAACGAAAUCGACAACUCUUGUUUGAGGAACGUGCACAAGCCCUGGCACGAGCUCAUGCUCAUGACUUGGAGGACGGUUUGCUUCAGGAAGGUAUCUACCCCCGGGCGUCAUCGUUGCCAGACCUGUUUCGAGGCCCUGCAGCUCCCUACCUUCAAAAACGCCACAACAACAAUACUACUCACAACAGUACCGGUGAAUUCCAACUGGUGUUUCCUGCUGCCAAUCAAAGUCAUGCCAUUUGCAAGUGGGUGAUAUCUCCAUUUGGCAAGCAUUUCCCUCAUGCCUCUCAAGAGCUCAUUCGGUGUGUUUCCUGGUGGCAAGCCAAUCCACAUCAAGCGCCAGUUUUGUACAUCGAGGACCGAGAGCCAGUGAGCCAUCGCCCGGCCUUUGUCAAGACAUUGAUACGGGUAUUCCAGAAAGCCUUUGGGGUACAGGUUGUCCACACGUUGCGUGGAUUUUCCGCCAUUGGCUCGGACAAGUAUGUUUUCUGCGAUAUCAACAUGCGCAAGGAUCCCAAACAACCAAACGACGUUACAAGACUCUCCUUUGAGGUAUAUAAACCCGAAGAUGCUGCUAUACUACGGAAUGAAACUCUCAAAUUGCUACCAGAGAACUACGACAAUGCAAAACAGCCAAACCCCAAUCCAGAGGCACAAAAAGCAGGAUGUCCAGCCGACAGCACAUCAAGGCUUCCUGUGAUUGGGUUCUUGAACCGCGAGGGAAGCCGUCAUGUGGAAAAUCACAAUGAGAUAGUGCAAGCCCUAAACACAACAUCAAGUUGGCAGAAUAGGGAGCAACCUUUGGUUCACUACCGGUCCUCCUUUGAUGGGCUGAACUUUUGGGGGCAGGUGGAUUUCAUGUCCAAAGUUGACAUUCUCAUUGGCCCUCAUGGUGCUCAAUUUACUGGUUUGCCAUUCCUGCCUGCUUGUGGAGGCUUGAUGGAGCUUUUCCCUAUGGGAUAUUAUACUCCCAAGUAUUUCGGAACCUUGGCCAUGGCAACAGGGCACUAUCACAUGUCCUUGUAUACUGGCAACACGAAUAUGACAGAGGAAGUUGCGCACUACAUGGCAACGUAUGAGGGACGUAGUAAGGCCAGAGGGUUCCAUAUCACGGCAAAUGCAGGCCUGGUACUGGAGGGGGUACUGCAGCUGGUAGAACGGUGGCAAACAUGCUGUGAACGAAAGCUACAGGGUGGCAGUGCGGAGUCCCUGUUCUAG